UGUUGUCAUUUGACUUGUGCGUGUGAUGUAACGAUGAAAUGAAUGCGAAAGUGAAAUUUCCGAGUGGUUGAGAAGUUUUAGUUUUGUUGUUGAGUUCUGAUUAUUUGAGCUUUGUGAAAAUAAAAUAGUUCGAAAGGAGAUGGCUUUCAACACAAUAUAUUUUUGGCUUUUACCUUGUUUAUUUAUAUCCUGCGUACGAUUGCAACUUGCCGAAAGUACAUUAAAUGUACCACUUGACAAUCUCUUUAUUUAUUCUCAAAAUAUUUCGGGAGAGACUAUAGUAGCGUCCAAAAAUUGUACCCUCGCCUUCGAAAAAUUCUCAAAAGCUGUGCUUAAUUUCACGGACUGCUAUAUUAAAUACGCUCGACCAAUUCAUGUGUGCAUGAACUGUGGAAAGUCUCAUACAGCCUUGAAUGCAGCUUAUCAACAUCUUAAAAAUCAAACCCAGAAAUGCCAAUCAUACUUCUUCGGCAGUGAUCAGCUGAGUAUUGUGGAUAUAGUAUAUAAAAAUGGCAUUGAUUUAUGGCAAAAAGGCUACUGUCAAAAUUGUUAUGAUCAUUAUAAUGAGACCGAAAGAUUUUUUCAAGCAUCAAAUGAACUUAUAUUAUGUAUGGAAACAACAAAUAGUACUAGCAAUGUUGCUGAAAAUAGUACUUGUAUUAAAUGCCAUGAUGCCUAUGCCAAUGUGAGUGUAAGCUAUAAAAAAUUUGUACAAUGGAAAAAGGAUUUUGUUGGUGGUAUUUGUAUGGAUAUAGUUGACGCAAUGAACAUGUCUCGUAGAGAAUGGAGUGAAUAUAAUUGUGCUGUAGGUUUUGAUUUAACAAUGGGCUUUCCUAACAUUCUGACUGCACUCACUGUUGGAUCAACUCCUUUGAUGUUUUACUUGCUGGCAAAGAAUAUCUCGCGUCUUGAAGAUGUGAAACUAGUCAGACCUAAAAGAAAAAUUACUGUUGUCACUGUACCACCUCCAGUAGAAGAGUGAAAUCUUGCUUAGAACUUUUCUAAUUUUGUGAUAUUACACAUCAAAAUAGAUACUGUAUAAAUCAUAUUCCUUAUAUGAUGGAUCAUAUAUUUUGAGUUACUUAGUUGUUACUUGUGAUAUUAAUAAAUAAACAGCCUUAUUGUCAAUACUGAACUUUGUUAAGAAAUUUAAUUAUUGUGGAUGCACUUAUUAUUGGAGAGUUGGACUUGGACGUACAUUUGAUGUGUUAUAUUGUUAUUGUUAAAUAUGAUAUGUAGUUAUUACUGCUGUAGGAUUAUAAAUUUGCUGAUUUUAAUCCAUAUUUUCUUGGUUUAAAUAUUACAUGCUUGUUAAAAACUCAUUUGUUAAAUUCUACUUUUUAUUUGGCAUGCAGAGUUUGACAUCUCUUGUAUUAUUUAAUGCAUUAUUAGAAAGCUUAUAAAAAAAGGUCUAUAAUUUUCACAUUGUACUUUUUAAAAUAAUUUGAAAAUUGUAUUAUUGUAGUUAGACCAAUUUUUAAAUAAUGGGUCACAUUAGGGUAGUUAACUUACUUUUAUGAUUUUUAAAUUAUUUUAAUUUCUUUUCUAUUGGAUGAACAAAUUAUGCUUUGUAAUUCUUUUCAUCUGGUUUUAAUUAUAUAAUUAAAAUACAGACUUGUGAAAAUAAAUAUAAUUAAUAUCAAAACAUGAAAUUAUUCAAUAUUAUUUUAUUAAUUAAAAAAAUGUCAUUAACGAAAUUUUUAGUAUACAAAAGCAUUACAUUCAUUCAGUGCAUUUCAAACUAAAAGCCGAUUUAAAAAAAAAAAAGUGCUCUUUUAUUUACAUUGUGUUUGAUCCUUAGUUGGGCCUUAGUUGACUUUGAAUAUUUUUACCAAUGGCUUGUCUUUAAUGCCAUGCUUAUGAUUCAUUUUUAUUUGGGAAAAAUACACAAUAAUUUAUAUAUUAUCAUAUAUCAAAAAAGGUUUAAUGUAUUUAUUUUUUCAUUAUUUGAUUUUAAAAUUAUAUGUUAUUAUGAUGUGAAUUAUCUGUAAAUUAUAGUUAAAGUGGAGGAUUUGCUUGAAAACAAAACAAAAAAAUUGCUAUUUUACGCACUUGAUUACCUUAGAAUUAAUGAAAAGCAUUAAAAAAUUGCAGUAAUUGAUUGUAUCUAAUAAUUCUAUUUAUUUUAAUAAUUGUAUGUUAUUUUCAUUUGUUUUUUUUUUAAUUUUUAAAUUCUAAAGUUGUAUUUGCUUUUUAUUUCUUUCAAAAAAUUUUAUUUUUAUCACCAUAUAUUAUAUAUUUGUUAUUUUGUUUCAUUCUUGGUAGCUGUAAAUUAAGUAAAUCUAUAUGCCAUCACAUUGACACGACAAAUUUAUGCAUGCCAGACUUCUAAUAUAUAACUGCAGUUCUUUUGUUUUGUUUUGUGUGUGUGUUGGUUCCUCUUACUUACAAAAUUUGCAGUGAUUAUUCUGGAAUUAAUUAUUACACUGUUUCUCCAUUGUUACAAAUUAUUUUUUUUACAGAUAUAAUUUACAGUUGUUAAUUGUACAUCUAUUUAUUUUUUUACUUGGAUGCUUUGAGUAUAUAUAUAUGUAUGAAAUCAUCCAUUUAUUUAGUUGUAUUGAUGAAGAAUUUCUAGUCUUAUUAUUAAUCCCAUUGAUGUUCACAUUCAGUCUUUUUUCAAAAAUAUUUUAUUGGCUUUGACAUUUAUAUUUUUUAUCUGUAUGAUUAUAUAUUGAUGUUCGAUAUUGAUAUAUUGCUUUCUUGAAAUAUAAAGUAUACUUUUUUUUUUUACAUUCCUUUUUGAGAUUCUCUUGAUGUUUGAUUUAUUCUGUUUAAUUGUUCUAUCCGAAUUUUGUUCUAUGUUUAAUUUUUUAAUCAGACAUAUGAUUUUUUUUUCUGAUUAUUAUAUAUGUCUGAUUUUAGAUUCUGGUACAUCAAAGUUGCUAUCAUGUAAAAAAAUUUCUUUUAAGAUUCUUUUAUUUUAAUUUCGUUGUGAAAUUGAUGCUUAUUAUUGAAUUUUUAAAUAAAUUAAGAAGUUUUUUAAAAAAAGAAGAAAAUUAACAUGAUUAAAGCUUUGUCAUAUAAAUAUUGAAUUGAUAUCUAGCAUUUAUUAUGGCAAAAAACUAUAUUUGUUGUGUCUUUAAAUGAAAAGCAUAUGAGUAUGGUUUUUUUUUUCUGCAAAAAAUUACAAAAUUUUUUCAAAAAUGAGCAUUACAUGCCUUUUAUAUGUAUAGAGAUAUUGUUUACUGUUAGUUUAUCAAAAUGUAUUUUUUCAUAAAGGAGAAUUGAAUACUAUAUUUCAAUAAGUACUUUUUUAAAAUCUUACUUUAAGCUUUUAGAAAUUAUUGUAUGUAAAAAUGUGUAAAA